AUGUCUUCUGCCACCCCUCCGUCACCACCGAGCUACUGCGAAACCUCAGGGCCCGCUCAAUAUGCCCGACAUAUUGAGCAGUCGCCACCCAGCUCGCGCUCCAAGCCCACUUGUACCGAUGACAAGGGCCAGCCAUCGAUCCACGGGCCAGUAAUCCGAGACUUUGCCUACGAUCACCAUGGUCAGAGCACAAGGAGUCAACGCCGUCCGUCCAAACUAACCACGAUCAAGCUUGGACCCGGUAUCUACACGAGGACAUGCCUGGACUAUGCGGAGCUGAAGAUACAAGAUCUCGGGCCCAGUCCUGGGUUGUACCGGCAUCUGCCUGGGUUCCCGAUACAUGUCUCCGGCACAGUCAGGACAUCGGAGAGCCGGGGAACACAGUUGGCGCGCACCCAUCAAUCUCAUCACUCUCAACAGGAUGGUCACACCUGUCAUGACCGCCAAGAACGAAGACAGAGGCGGCAGACCCUGCGCGAAUACCGCACCGCCAUCCAUCUCGCCAUCGCCGCCGAGAUCAUGCUAGUCAUCGUAGCAGGCGGGCUGGUAGUAAUCCACGCUUCUGCGAUUGCAGAUGCCGCGACUUCGCGUGCUCAUCAUGCCCUUUUGGUAUUGCGACAAUGCGUGCCAAAUACGAGCAGCAUAGCCUGGACCGACUGGUCAGCCGGAACUCUUGUGCUGGCUGGAUUCGCGGCAGGUGUAGCGGGCUUCAGCAUGGUGGGUGUGGCUGUUUUGAUACUGUUCUCGUGGGUCGGCGGGAGUGGUGUUGAGGCGGCAGUUCUAUCCACAGUGACGAGUGAGUUGACGACGAGUGUCACCUCGACGUCCACCAUGCUGCCGGCCUCGGCCACUAUGGCCACGAUUCCCGGGGUAUACAACAUUACGCUCCUGCCAAACGUGACUUUGAGUGGUCCAUACCAAGCAGAUAUCUCAGCGGGAUCCUGCUACUACCCCAACUGCGUCUACGACACCGUCAACUCAGCCGGCUCCAUAGUCUUGCCCGAGAGCUUGCUUAGAUUGUUUGUGUACACAAGCACCUUCUUGGUCGUGAUCUGGGCCGUCUGCAAAGCCGCCUUUGCCGUCCAAGCCAUGAUGAACGAGCAAGUUCAGCGGGUCGAGCAGGUCGCGCAAAUAAAGCAAGCCAAGCAGAUCGAGAAAUUCGAGCAAGCAUCCCUCCCACCGCCAGAACUCGACAUGGAGGCCGAUGAGGUCUUCGAGUACGAGACUGGCAUGAACAAGGAGACCAUCUUCCCGCUCCGAACCUCAGAGUCGAACGAUGCCGCGAGGCUGAGCAAGAGGCAGAAGCGCACUCCCUCCGCAAUCGGCACGAGCCGUUCGAGAAGUGACGGCAGGGUGUGCACGCUCAAGAAGCGCAAGGUCGUGGUUCCGCGUCGCACGCUGGACGUUGAUGAAAGGGUUUAUUUCAUGCACUACCCUCCUCGUGCAGUCGAGCAGGACUUUCGCUCGUCGCUGUGA